AUGUCCACCAGCGAAGAGCCUGAGAAAGGAGACAAAGUCACAUGGAACUGGGGCGGAGGCAAGCCUGGAGGCACCGUGGCUGAGAAGAAGACCGAAGGCGAAGUCGCCAUCACCUCCAAGCGCGGCAACAAGGUCAAGAAGAACGCGGAGCCCAACAAUCCUGCCGUCCACAUCGAGCGGUCCGGCCAAGACGUGGUCAAGAAAGCCUCCGAGCUCCAGGUCGAGGAGAAGGCCAAUGGCGACACCGGCGCCGCGAAAGCCGAUGGCAAGAAGGAGGGGUCUACGGAGGCCGAGACCAAGAAUGGCGAAAAGAGAAAGCACGACGACGCGGAGAAGGAGGAAGACGACAAGCCAGACAAGGCGAGCCCCCUCGAGGAGAAUGCCGAGGGCAAGACCGUGAAGAAGCAGAAGAAGGAGCCCACGAAGAAGAGCGGUGGUGCCCCGAAGAAGGCCGAGGAGAAGAAGGAAGAAAAGAAGGAGGAGCCCAAGAAGACGGCCGGCCGGCCCAAGAAAGCUGAGGGUGCGCUGGCCAAGCAGAAGAAACAGGCGACUCCUCGCGCGACGGACGGCAUCGGGUCUCGCACCAGGAGCCAGCAGAAGACGACUUAG